AUGGCAAGCUCAAUCAAGCAGGCAACAGCAAUCGUGAAGAGGAUAGCCGGGAUCGAGACGCAGAGCGAAGUGGGCACGGAAGAUCCCCGGGUGGCAUUACAGGAGGAAGAAGACGAGGUACCAGACUUGAACCCCCCAAAGAAAGGGAAGAAAGGAUCAACUGUAAAGGAAGCGCCACGGAAGAUAACGACCAGAUCAGCGUCAAAGGCCCCGGAGGACGCACUGCAACAGAGGAACGAGAGGAAUGAAAAGGAAACUGAGCAAGGAUACGCCAUACCGCUAUCAGCUGCCAAUCCAGAGGGAACCACCGAUACACCGCCGAUUGAUCAGGGGAGAAAGAAAAGAGACCGACCUGGCCCAGUAUUAAAUCCAGUCAAAACAGAAGCGGUGCCAGCUGAAUUAACGGCCGCAGAUGCGGUGCCCCCAUGGAAAAUCCAACAGACGUUGGUCGCGAUGGUGGAGCGGGCUAUGAAAGCGGAAGCGGAGGGCAACUCGGUCAUGGCAAGCCGCCUCUACGAUAUAGGUGCAGGCCUGGGGAGGGCACUACCAAGAACAGCCCAGUCAUCAGCGAGUCCAGCCCAACCCCAAAAGCCACGAGCCCUCGUGCCCAUCCCAGGGCUCAAGGUACCAGUCCCACCCCCCAACGAGAUCGACCUGACCGACGAACUCGAGGGGAAGCAUUUGAACCAGCAGCGAAGAGCCUCCCCAGAAUCAUUGAAAGGGCCAGACAAAGGUAAUCAGGGAGGCCAGCGACAGACCCAAGGAGGGUACAAAGGCAGCCGGUACAACCCUCGUCACAACGACCGCGACGGAGGCCGGGACGGCGGCAGAGAAGGCGGCCGAGGCAGGAAUUAUUAG